AUGGAUGUCCUGGAAAAUGACAGGCGGUUGCUGUUUCGUCUGCUUGAAACUCUUCGCACAGGACAGGAUUCUCGUGUCGACGAGUUGGUUAAUUACAUCCGGUCAUCUGCCAGUACUGAUGAGGUCAGGCAACGCCUCGAUCAUUACCUCCAGCAAACGGAAUUUGGAAGAACGCCCCAAUCAACAGAUAUGUAUGUUGACCGAGAACAAUCGCCAGAGUUUCAAAACCGCCCUUCGACAAUACUGACGGAGACCCCAGAAGUCAUAGUUUCGGCGAAGCCAUGGACAACCGUGACGGACGACGACGCCUUUGUUUCUCAGUUGAUUUAUCUUUGGCUCACAUGGCACCUCCCUUGGUUCCAUUGCAUCGAUCAAGAGAUUUUUGUCAGAGCUAUGCAAUCAGAAAAUCCCCAGUCACCCUUGUGCUCACCCUUCCUCGUCAAUGCAAUCUUGGCUGAAGCCUGUUUUUUUUCUGAAUGUUUCGAAGCUUGCGACGGCGAUACGAGGACGAAUGGCGAUCGCUUCUAUGCAGAGGCGAAAAGACUCUUAGACGAUGAGGAGGGUCGCUUCUCUAUCCCACAAGGCUUAGGAGUUAUGUUCGAAUGCAUUCAGGCUGCCGAAGGGAUCCGAACUCUUCGCAGAAGACAAGCCCGCCUUGUCCUCGAAACCGACAUGUCUACUACCGAUCUCGGGCAGCUCAUAGACCGUAUUGAACUCGGAGACGUGGUGUGGGAUAUUGCGUCGUUUCUAUUUCGAGAAAAGAGGGACUACACUCAGGCCGACUUGGUCGAUGCAGUCCAAGGCUGGCAUACACGCCUUUCCCAGUGCUGGGAAAUGCGAGCUAGAUGUAUUGACUGUGAGAAGGACCCAUUGCCGGGGAACUUGACACUUUCCAUGUAUUAUCACAGCACCAUCAUUACGAUAUAUGCUUUCCUUUAG